GAAACUGAAGAGCCCAUAGUCCUUCGGCGGGCGCUGUCACUGCUGGUGGCAAUGGCCGAGCUCUCCAAAGACUUCAUCCUCAGCAGAUGCGUCAAGGAGGUGCUGCCCCGCCUGUACCAGUGGCUCCGCAAGGCGGCGGCGGACAGCCACCUGAAGGACGCGGGCUCCUACUACCGCUCCAGCGCCGCCUACCUGCUGCAGAUCGCCGCGCUCGCCUCGCUGCCCUCGCUCGCCGUACAUCUGCGGUUACAGGACGCGCCGCUGGAUGACGCCAUGACUGCUGUUGACGCGUAUUUAUCCAACAAGCAGCCCAAGACUCUACAGACGUUAGCGGUGAACUUCUUCAAAGCGAUCCUGGACUACUCGUACGGCGCGGCGUGGUGGCACCUUCGCGCGCUGUGCGCUAACGACGAGCUCCUACAAGCACCCGCACGCCGCCUGGCGUCCGCGCGCGGCACGCCCUAUGUGGCCAACGACAAAGACAUUCAACACAACAUCGAAGCCAUCUUUGACAUUACCUCCUAAUCUUAAGCAUAUUUUUUACAAUUUUGAUAGAUUAUUAAUGAAUGGACUAAUAAAACAUUUUAAUGGCA